AGGAAGUUCUUCGUCCUCAGUAAAGAGAGACGCACAGACGAUCAGACUGAGUUCAGACCAAACUAGCAGCUUCCUCUGAGUGAGUCCAGCUACAGGAGAGAAAAGUGGAAACUCCAACACUGCUGCUUCAAGCUGCUGACGCUCCACACACUGAAUCUUCACUCACAGACUCAAUGGCUUCCAGAUCAGAGGAGGAUCUCUGCUGUCCGGUCUGUCAGGAGGUCUUCAGAGAUCCUGUUCUUCUGUCAUGUAGCCACAGCUUCUGUACAGACUGUCUGAAGAGAUGGUGGAGAGAGAGACCAACACACGAGUGUCCAGUUUGUAAGAGAAGAUCUUCAAGGGAAGAUCCACCUUUAAGUCUGGCUUUAAAGAACCUGUGUGAGUCGUUCUUACAGGAGAGAGAUCAGAGAGCUUCAGAGGCUCUCUGCAGUCUGCACUCUGAGAAACUCAAACUCUUCUGUCUGGACCAUCAGCAGCCAGUGUGUGUCGUCUGCAGAGACUCAGAAAAACACACCAAUCACAGAUUCAGACCCAUCGAUGAAGCUGCACAACAACACAAGAAGGAACUUCAGGAAACUCUGGAGCCCUUAAAGAAGAAGUUAAAGGUUUGUGAAGAAGUUCAAGUGAAGUUUGAUCAAACAGCAGAACACAUUAAGGUCCAGGCCCAACACACAGAGAGGCAGAUUAAGGAGCAGUUUAAGAAGCUUCAGCAGUUUCUAGCAGAGGAAGAGGAGGCCAGGCUGACUGCACUGAGGGAGGAAGAGAAGCAGAAGAGUGGGAUGAUGAAGGAGAAGAUGGAGGCUCUGAGCAGAGAGAUAGCAGCUCUUUCAGACACAGUCAGAGCCACAGAGGAGGAGCUGAGAGCUGAAGACGUCUCAUUCCUGCACAACUACAAGGCUGCAGUGGAAAGAGUCCAGCGCUGCCCCCUGCUGGAUGAUCCACAGCUGCCCUCAGGAGCUCUGAUAGACCAGGCCAAACACCUGGGCAACCUGACCUUCAACAUCUGGAACAACAUGAAGGACACGGUCUCCUACACUCCUCUCAUUCUGGACCCAAACACUGCUGGUCCAAACCUCAUCCUGUCUGAAGAUCUGACCAGUGUGAGAGGAGGAGAGAAGCAGCAGCUUCCUGAUAAUCCAGAGAGGUUUGAUGGAUUAUUCUGCUCUGUCCUGGGCUCUGAGGGCUUUAACUCAGGGACUCACAGCUGGGAUGUUGAUGUUGGAGACAGUAUACGGUGGGGACUGGGUGUGUUAGCAGAGUCUGUGCAGAGGAAGGGAUACAUAGAGUCCGGAUUAUGGAGAAUAUGGUUUUCUACAGGUAAAUACUCAGCACACUCACCAUCAACUCUUCUCACUGCUCUCUCAGUAGAGAAGAAGCUCCAGAGGAUCAGAGUGAAUCUGGACUGGAACAGAGGAAAGCUGUCGUUCUCUGAUCCUGAUACUAACACACACAUACACACCUUCACACACACUUUCACUCACAGGAUGUUUCCAUACAUUAGCACUCUGGCUGGUAAAGUGAAGGUGUGUCCGUUGAAGGUGUCAGUGUCAGUGGAGCAGAUGAGUUGAGGAUGAUGAUGUUUCUAAUGUUGUUUCCUGUCAGUGAAUUGAAGCUGUUAAACUGCAGCUGUCCUCCUGCUGCCUCGUUGUUCCAAAGCUCUUUGUUUCUCUUUUAGUUCUCACUGUUUCUUUCUGUUUCUGCUGUCCACCUUUUCACAUGGAAAAUCAUUUCACUGUUUCUCACUGAAUGACUCCCCAAACUAGAUUUGAAAUUCUAUCAAGUUUCUAAUCAUUACAAGUGAUUCAUGUUUCUAUUUGAUGUGUGUAAAUGGAGAUGAUUUAGUUUGCUGGGAUAUGGACUGACAUGUGUUGAAUGGGAGGAGCAGUUUGUUGUUGUCUUCUUGUCUGUUUAUGACAACAAUAAAUAUGUUGUUGAAACAAUGAUUCAUGUUUAACUCCAUAUAUGAAAUGUUUCUGAUCUUUGAAUUCUGUUUGAUUAAAGACUUUCUUCAUGACACAAAUGAGAUUUCAGUGUAUUAAUAGAACUAAAUAAGCUCAGAGUUGAAAGGCUGGAGUAUUAUGUACGUGCUUCACUGUCAGUAUCUUCAGGGGGAUUCAAAGGGAAACAUCAAACUGCUGUAAUGAGAUAAACUAGUUGGGCUGAACACACUUAUCUGUAGUUUGUCUCCAUCCAGGAUCAUCAGAAUAUAAUGAACAUGUGUGAAGAGCCAAAAAAUGCUGCUCCCCUCUCAG